UGGGCCUUUCUUCCACUAUUUAUGCCAUCGAUUGCCCUGGAUCUGUCUCRGUCUCGUCUUCUUCCAAAGCAACCACUAAACUGAACUAACUGGUCUGCAAAUGGUGUGGCGGAGCCAUGGUUCUUUGGAUUUUUCUUACUUCUUCCUCCUCCUGAUCACUAAUUUCACUUCACUUCACUCUCGUGGCGAAGUGGCGGCAUGAGGAUUUAUGGGGUUCUUUCCCCUCUUGCAAGAUUUUCAAUUUGUCAUUCCGCGUUCCCACCCACGAUGCAAAUUUGUUCGCUGAAUCGAGGGUUUUCGCUGAAUUGCGAUUAACUCAUGCGUGUUGAAUCGAAUUCCCACCGUCUCGAUCAAUCUCGUGCGAUACGAAUGAUGAAACGUCCGUUUUUAACUAUUACAAUGGCGAAGAAGAGAUGGCCUUUGAUAAUCUUGGCUYUGGUUUCCAUAUCCACGGCAAUGGUUUUCUUCAUGAGGACUACAUUCGAUUCGUGUAGUGGUUUUGGGAAUAGACGUUUCGUGGGAGAAAAUGGUAUCGACUCACAGAUUCGCUCCACUCAAAUCGAAAGAAAAGUUCCAAAUCCUCUUGAUUUCAUGAAGUCGAAGCUCGUCCUAUUGGUCUCCCAUGAGCUCUCUCUUUCUGGUGGGCCUCUUUUACUCAUGGAGCUUGCAUUUUUGUUGAGAGGUGUCGGUACUGAAGUUGUUUGGAUCACUAAUCAAAAGCCAUUGGAGUCCGAUGAAGUAGUAUACAGUUUGGAGCGCAAGAUGUUAGAUCGAGGAGUGCAGGUUUUAUCUGCUAAGGGRCAAGAAGCUGUUGAGACUGCUCUAAAAGCUMAUUUGGUUGUUCUAAAUACUGCUGUUGCUGGAAAAUGGUUGGAUGCUGUCCUCAAGGAGAAUGUCCCCCGUGUUCUUCCCAAGGUUCUGUGGUGGAUUCAUGAGAUGCGAGGGAAUUAUUUCAAAGUUGAGUAYGUGAAGCAYCUCCCUUUUGUUGCAGGUGCAAUGAUUGAUUCACAUACAACUGCAGAAUACUGGAAAAACAGAACACGGGAACGAUUAGGAAUUAAAAUGCCUGAAACCUAUGUCGUGCAUCUUGGAAAUAGUAAAGACCUUAUGGAAGUCGCUGAAAAUAAUGUGGCCAAGAGGGUUCUUCGGGAGCACAUUCGUGAGAGGCUUGGAGUUCGGCAUGAAGAUAUAUUGUUUGCAAUUAUAAAUAGUGUUUCACGUGGAAAAGGUCAAGAUCUAUUUCUCCGAGCAUUUCAUCAGAGCCUCCAAAUGAUCCAAGUUAAAAAAWUGCGGGUACCAAGGAUACAUGCCGUGGUAGUUGGCAGUGACAUGAGUGCUCAGACGAAGUUUGAAACAGAACUGCGCAACUUUGUGACUGAGAAUAAAAUUCAGGAUCGYGUUCAUUUUGUCAACAAAACCCUGUCCGUGACUCCUUAUCUAGCUUCUAUUGAUGUUCUUGUUCAAAACUCUCAGGGCAGGGGAGAAUGCUUUGGGAGAAUAACUAUUGAAGCAAUGGCAUUUCAGCUGCCUGUGCUGGGCACGGCUGCUGGAGGAACUAUGGAGAUCGUAGUGAACGGGACAACGGGUUUGCUACAUCCCGCUGGGAAAGAAGGCGUGGCUCCUCUGGCACAAAACAUUGUGAAGCUAGCAACGCACGUCGAGAGGCGGCUGACCAUUGGAAAGAAAGGGUAUGAGAGGGUGAGGCAGCUGUUUAUGGAACAGCACAUGGCCCAAAGAAUUGGUGUAGUUUUGAAGGAUGUUCUGCACAAAGCAAAGAGCCACUCUAGUUAUUAGCUUCAGCAGAAACAGGACCUUAUCGCCUCAGUUGUAACACCCURUAUGCUUGAGAAUAUGGACAAAUCGCAUCCUAUUGGAGGAGAUUGUAUGCUAUAUUUCAAUUUUUGUUCUAUUACAAUUUUUUUUUUUUUUGGUACAGUUUGUAGCAGGAAAUUACGUUGCCCCAGUGGUGUUUCUUUAUGCAACUCGAUCUCAGGUUCCUAUUUCUUGUUCAAAUUUUGUUCUCUCUGUGGUGUUUUGGAGUACCGAAGAUAUCCUUGUAGAAGACGAAGGAGCAAAAAAUAAAGCAUUAGUGGUUCUUUA